GACGAUAAUUGGUGGCUUUGGCGAUGAAUGGCCAGACUCUACGUCGAGACGAAUAACACCAGGGUCGAGACAAACCCUCCGGGAUGGGAGGAGGGAAUUUCAGUGGAGGAUGGAAGCCUUUCAUCCAGAGACCAUAGAUGGAGAAAUAAUGAGGGCAAUAUAUCUCAGCCAUCAAUUUGAGAGGACAGACUUCAAACCACACGCUGAUUGAUUGAUUCGGAUGAGUGAUACUGUCCGGGAGGUCAGAGGAUCAUGGCGCGACGAAAGUAUAAGUAUUCUGGGUUCACCUAAGAUUUCUCUCUCGUCAACCUCAAGCACCCAGUUACCCAUCUACUCGACCCUCCAUAGAAGCCAAAGAAGGUAAAAAAAAAAGAAAGAAAGAAACCAUGUCACGAGCAUCUACCAUCGGCGGGGGUGACGGCGUGAUAGUCACCAGCACCACGGAGGCCUACAUCAUCGAGUACCAGCCCGUGACGGCGCACGGCAACGCAGCAGUCUCCGAUGCAAACAGCAAGACCGCAGUGAGCUACCUGCCCGGCCAGGCGGUGCUGAAGCCGGCCGCGUUUGACCAGAAUGUCGCCAGCACCAAACAGGGCGUCGUGCAUGUGCCGAUUCCCAACCCGCCCUCGUUGACCAAGAGCGCGACCCUGCAGAACAUUCUGCUCGAUCUCAACUCCGCCAACGACGCCAGGGUCAACGCGGUCUCUCUCUACUAUGAUAAGCAUCUGGUGGUCAAGACGGACACGAGCAACACUAGCACCUUCCACAUCGACUUCAUCACCGCCGAGGCCGCCAGCUACGCCUAUCGCCCGCCGACGGGUAUCUGCGUGUCGCUGGAUCUGCGGUUUCCCAACUCGGACUCUUCCAUUGACCUGUACUCGGUCAGUCUCAUCUACAAGGCGGCUUAAAGCGCCGGCCAGUCCGUACGACCCGU